AUUGCCAUUAAAUAUUCCUCAUGACCCAUCCACUGCAGCCGGUGGUUUAGUUGUAUGAAGUUAAGUCCUCCCCUCUCUCCAUCCUUAUAACUCAUCUCUCUCCCCACACACACAAAAAAAAAAUCCAAAAUAAAAAAAAAAAAUGAGCUUUCGCAAGAAAUCCACUCCCGGCAGAUCAGAAGAAGAAGAAGAAGAAAAACAGAGCAUUAAUCUCAACAAAGAUGAAGAAGAUAACAACAAUAACAAGAAGAAGAAGAAGAAGAAGAAGAGAGUUCCUUUCAGUAAGCUCUUCAGCUUCGCCGACCCUUUGGAUUGCCUUCUCAUGACUCUCGGAAGCUUAGGAGCCUGCGUUCAUGGCGCCUCCGUGCCCGUCUUCUUCAUCUUCUUCGGCAAACUCAUCAACAUCAUCGGCAUCGCCUAUCUCUUCCCCACUUCCGUUUCCCAUCGCGUCGCCCUAUACUCUCUGGACUUCGUAUACCUUGGCAUAGUUAUUCUCUUCUCCGCAUGGACUGGUGAUUAAGGCUGAUUUUCAUUA